CCUCCGCAUCCCUUUCCCUUCCCUGAGUAUAGGCUGAGUUCCCUUUCCCUCCGAGGCUCCGACGCUGCUCUGGCCCCGUCUCUCUCGUCUUCCUGGCUCUCCCCGCGCACCAAACCCUCCCCAAAACCCAAACGCUUCUCGCCCUCCCGUCCUGUUCUCGACCAUGUCGGUGUCCGACGGGGACGACGACGAGGCCUUCCUCAUCGCCCUCGACGCCGCGGAGGCCGCCGCGCUGGACUCCUCCAAGCGCCGCCGCCUCUCCACCACCUCGUCCUCACCGACCCCCUCAACCUCACCCGCCGCCACCGAGGGGCCCUACCUGGCCGCGCUCAAGGGAAGCCACAGCUCCACCUGGAAGCAGCAGCUGCAAGACCUUGGCUAUGCCCACAAGCGGCCCGACGGCUCUAAAUCCUUAGCCCCGGGUACGGGCGCGAGCGGAUCGUGCUUCAAGUGCGGGGACCCCGGGCACUGGGCACGGGAGUGCCCUCAAUCCGUGCCGAACACGGGGGGAGGAGGUCAGAUCGGCGGUGGCGGUGGCGGUGGCGGCGGUGGCGGCGGCGGAUAUGUAAAUGCGGGCGUAGAGGUGGAGGACAAGGCGUGCCCCUGCGGUGUCGGGAGCUGCCUCGUGCUCACGUCCAACACGCCGAAGAACCCCGGUCGCAAGUUCUACAAGUGCCCCAUGCGGGAUGGGGGUUGCAACUUCUUUGAGUGGUGCGAUGCUCCAUCUCCCGCCCCUGCCAAUGCACGAAAUAACAUGGUUGUACACUCAGAGACAUCAGCAACAGAUAUGCUUUGCCCAUGCAGUGCUGGAACUUGCUUAAUUCUCACCACAAAGACAGGGAAAAAUGUUGGGAGGCAAUUCUUUUGCUGCCCAUUAAAUCAGGGUGGUGGUGGUGGCUCUUGUGGCUUUUUCAAGUGGUGUGACGAGCUACAGCCUAGGGUUGGUGCACCACUGCAAGCUUCAGCGCAAUACCAAGCGGAUUCCAUGCCAAGCAUCCAAAACCCCAGCCAGAGGAGCUCGUCUUCCUGCUUCAAGUGCGGGCAGGAGAACCACUGGGCUCGAGACUGUCCGAAUCAACCGUCGGAUCCUUAUCCUGACAAGGGUGGGAGACCAGUAGCUCCAGCGGGCUCACCUGGUGCGUGCUACAACUGUGGUCGGUCCGGCCACUGGUCCCGCGACUGCCCAACCUCGAAUAGUGGUGGUGGUGGUACCGGCACCAGCCGUGCCAGGUCGUCCUCAGCCUUGAGCUCGUGGAAUAGUCAGAGAUACUGAUAGGAGGGUCCUGUGAACUCAAUUGAACUGACAUGGACAUGCUGUACGAAACUUGGACAAUUGCCCCCCUCCACGUGUUGCUUAGGUAUGUGCUCACGUCGAUGCCUUUUGCUGCUCUACGCUAUCUCUCUAUAUGUAAGAGAGAACUGUUGCUGUUCUCUGUCUUCACCCUCACCCUGUUUUAUGCUCCUAUCUCUGUCGAACUUGGGUCUACUGUUUUUUUAUCUACUCUAGGAUUUUUCACAUAUAAAAUAUUGUAUGUGUGGGUCUAAGGAGAACCAUAUCGUCCAAGCAUUUCUUUCCAUGAACUUCCAUGCUUAUAUAGUUCUGUUCAGUUCAGUUCUGUUCA